CAGCUUAAUCCAUGACUGCUUCCCCAAUCUCAAAUACCCAUACAGAAGAUCACAUUUCUCUGCAGACAGCGAUUUCAUCACAUUUCCAUUUCUCCACGACUUACGCCCCUUCUACAACAACUCUCCAGUAAUCAUGAUGUCUGCCAUGGGCCAUCAGUCUCAGAAUGGGACGAUCGGAUAUUCCUUUGGUACUCCAACCACUGCACCACACAAAGAGCACUCGUUCUAUCCUUACACCGACAAUGGUGGCUCGACCUUAGGAAUCACAGGCGAGGACUUUGCUAUCCUCGCCGGUGACACUCGCUCCGUCGCUGGAUACAACAUCAACUCUCGAUACUCCCCGAAGGUCUUCAAGAUCGGUGGCGAAGAUGAUACCGGAGAUAACGCCCAUAUCAUCCUGUCAGUUGUGGGCUUCGCAGCAGACGGACACGCGCUCAAGGAACGACUAGACGCCAUUGUCAAGAUGUAUAAGUAUCAGCACGGAAAACCCAUGUCAGUCAGAGCCUGUGCUCAACGAUUGUCAACGAUCCUCUAUUCGAAGCGGUUUUUCCCCUACUACGUAACCGCUAUCCUGGCUGGGUUAGAUGAGGAGGGCAAAGGAGCUCUGUAUAGCUACGAUCCGGUUGGCUCUUACGAGAGGGAACAAUGCAGAGCCGCCGGCUCCGCUGCGAGCUUGAUCAUGCCGUUCCUUGACAACCAAGUCAGUUUCAAGAACCAAUACAUUCCUGGCAGUGGUGAAGGACAUGACCUACAGGCCAAGAAGAAAGAGCUGUUGCCGAUGGGGACAGUCGAGCACCUCGUGAAGGAUGCGUUCACCAGCGCCGUGGAGAGACAUAUCGAAGUCGGAGAUGGCUUGCAAAUGAUGGUCAUAACUAAGAGUGGGAUAGAGGAGAAGUACUUCCCCUUGAAGCAGGACUAGGUGUUUCAGAUGCGCAUCACGUUCUGUCUCUCUUCAAGCCUAACAAAUCAACUUUACGUGCUCUCAUGAUUA